AGCGCGGCCAAUCGGCGUCCCGGAAGGAGAGAGCCGCGGCGGCAGAGCCUGUGAAUGGCAGCGGCGCCGCCCGCUGGCCGCAGACUUAGCCCCGCUGGUGUCUCCCGCCUCCUGUAGGGAAAGCGAGUCGCGAGCAUCCACGCCGCGCCUCCCCGCUUGUCUGUGCCGGGAGGCCUCCCCCCGGGCCCACGCGUGGCCCCCACCUCUCGGUCCCCGAGCCUGAGCGCCGGCCAUGGGCAGCGAGCAGAGCGCGGAGGCCGAGAGCCGCCCCAGCGAUCUGAACGCCUCAGUGACUCCUUCUCCAGCCAAACAUCGUGCCAAGAUGGAUGAUAUAGUGGUUGUAGCCCAGGGCUCUCAGGCCUCCCGGAAUGUCAGCAGUGAUCCUGAUGUCAUCAAGUUGCAAGAGAUCCCAACCUUCCAGCCCCUUUUAAAAGGGCUAUUGAGUGGCCAGACUUCUCCAACAAAUGCCAAACUGGAAAAGCUGGAUUCUCAGCAGGUGCUGCAGCUCUGCCUCCGGUACCAGGACCACCUGCACCAGUGCGCGGAGGCCGUUGCUUUUGAUCAGAAUGCUUUGGUUAAGCGAAUCAAAGAGAUGGAUCUGUCCGUGGAAACCCUCUUUAGCUUCAUGCAGGAGCGUCAGAAAAGAUAUGCCAAGUACGCAGAGCAGAUCCAGAAGGUGAACGAAAUGUCGGCCAUCCUGCGCCGCAUCCAGAUGGGCAUUGACCAGACCGUGCCACUCAUGGAGAGGCUCAAUAGCAUGCUACCCGAGGCCGAGCGCCUGGAGCCUUUCAGCAUGCGGCCUUAGCGAGCGCUGCAGCCUGCAUGCGGGCCUCACCCCAUGGGCAGCUGGGCCAGGCUGUGCUGCAGGUGGCUCAAGACCUGGCCUGCCUCUUCCACCUGGGCCCCGAUGCUUAACUUGUGUUUGCCCCUCACAGACUUAACCACGUGGUUCUUGAUAAGCGAAACUGAGACAGUUGAGUCACUGGGGAUUCUUGAAAGAACUCUGCGUUGAGUUAUUUUUAUUUUGCUUACAUUUUUAAAAUUGAGAAUGUAUACAGUCUAGCUACUGCAAUGAAGCCUUGGCGAAAAGGGAGAAAACUUUUAGAAACCAGGUGCUCCUCCGCACCCUUGUGAAACUUUACUCAGGCUCUCUGGGUUGUGGUUGUAAACAGAAAAUCUAACUUAGCCCAGCUGUGUGUUUGUUUGGGGUGAGAGGGGUCCUUGUUCCUAUCCUGACAGCCAGGUCUCAUCAAGGCGUUAUCUGGCAGCAUCUUCCUGUCCUGCCAAAACACUGCCUUUUUGUUUUUCAGUCGCAAUGUCCCUUCUGUGUGGUCACUGGAAACUGAAGACUCACUUCUCCCACUCAUGAAGGUCAUUGCCCAUUGAUAACUGGUUUCCCACACAGAGCCUAGGCUUCUGUCAAGCCUGGCAGGCCUCCAGCCUUCAUACCAAGGUUUUAAGCAGCAUUUGUUUUUACCUUCCAACAGUCAUUUUUCUCAGUAGGCUCACUGAGCCCACUUGAUGCUCCAGGGAUACAAAAAUGGCCACGUAGCCUCUGCCCUCCAUGGAAGUCCGUGUGCCUUGGGAAGCGAAGCCUUUACAGAGCGUCUGCUCAUCACAGGUGUUCUGUGGGCAAAAGGCCUGAAGAACAGAAGGAAUGGAAAGCAGGGGGCAGACCUGGAGACUAGAACUAGGGCUGGAGAGGUCACCAGGUCCAGGAGCUGCAGGCUUUCACCUUGCCCCCUCUAUUCCUCCAAGUCCCAGGUGUUUUGUUAGGUGUCAGAAUACCCUUCCUCUUUUGUAAGAUUAAAAUUAAUCUGCUUAAUUUAGUGUGUAUUAGUGAAACUUCA